AUGGCUGUAAUGAUCAAAAUUUCUUCAAUGGUUGUCCAGAGUCAAUCAAUGAAUCUCACGCAUUACUUGAAAGAAACUGCCUGGGAGGAACCCGAAGAAAAUCUAUCAAAGUUGUUGUCUCAACCAAGCGAGGAUUUCUCCCAAGCUUGCGAAAAAAUGUUUAAAGGUUGUAAAGAGUUUUUUCAAUACAUACAUCAGGAGAAUUCUCUUGUACCAACAACUCCUCCUACUGUUGAAAAAAUCGAAAAUCUGGAGGAGGUGAAGAAUGAGGACCAAAAAAUGGUCCAAGAGCAAAAAUAUGAGGAGAUCCCAACAAAAGAGGACUCACAAGUUAAUUUUUACAAAGACCAAAAUAUGGUCAGAGUAGAAAUUGAUAUGGUUGUGGGUAACAAAACUAACUUGCCAAAAUCAUCAAUGGCUAAGUUAGAACUUGAGGCCAAAAGUGGCUUCAGCAUCCAUUUUCUUUGGGAACUUGACCCAGCUAACAGAGAUUCAUCUUGGCAUCAACAAUUUGAUAGGCAACUGCAACAUGAGGGAAUGCUUUCAACAAGUAGGGAUGUGUACAGUUUUGAAAUUACAGCCACAGCACACAGUACACAAUUGAGGGACAUAAGUCGGGCUCCUCAGUUAAUACACAAGGCCUCAGCAAAGAUAGAUGAAGUUUGA